AAAAAUAGGACAUAUAUAUAAUCUUUCUCUCCUUCAUCCUUAGCUAGAAGCUCAUUGCAAUAUUUAGGAAGAAAUGACGAUAGUUGAGAUGUGUGUGCACAUGGACUGUCCAGGUUGCGAGACCAAGAUAAAGAAAGCUCUUAAAAAAUUACGUGGAGUUGAUGAUGUUGAUAUAGACAUGAGGAUGCAAAAGGUAACUGUGAUGGGUUGGGCAGAGCAAAAGAAGGUAUUGAAAACAGUGAGGAAAACUGGUAGGAGGGCAGAAUUUUGGCCAUAUCCAUACAAUCCAGAACACCAUGCCUUUGCUCGCUAUUACGGGAACAACUAUUCCAAACCCUCCUCUUCUUACAAUUAUUACAAGCAUGGAUAUAGUUAUGGUGACGAUUUUGGCUAUUACCAAAAGCCAAUUGCUGCAACAGUGAUUGAUGACAAGGCCAUGUCCAUGUUCAGUGAUGACAACCCUCAUGCUUGUUCUAUAAUGUGAACCAUCCAUGCAUGCCAUUAACUCUUUCACUUUAAUCUAUCUCUCUUUAAAUUCUGGCCUACUUAUGUACUGGUAUAAUAAUAUCAGAAUAAAUAUUCCACUCUGCUGUAAUAAUUGAGUACUGUGUACAUUUGCUUUUUAAUUUAGUUUUUUUUAAUUAAUAAUAUAAAAUUUACA